AUGCGGUUGCCGCGUGCCUCGAGCCAUGCGCUGAAGGGGUCACGACCACCAUUGGCCCUCGCCCGCUAUGGACAGAGACGGUCUUUACAUACCCCAACGUACGAUGCCGCGGUUGUCGGUGGUGGCAUAACCGGACUUACCACGGCCUACCGACUUUCCAGGGAUCCGAAAUGCUCUAAAAUCGCCCUGUACGAGAAGUCAAAGAAUCUAGGAGGCUGGUUACAAUCCGAGAAAAUUCCUUUCAAGGAUGGACAUGUGGUUUUUGAAUAUGGCCCGCGGACCUUGAGGACUGCAUUACCCAGCUGUCUCCCGCUCCUGGACCUGGUAGGAAGCCUCGCGCAACAGCUGGAAGAAUUAGACUUACUCGGCGAAGUUCUAGUCACAAGCAAAACCUCCCCGGCCGCCCUCAAUCGUUACAUCUACUACCCCGAUCAUUUGGCUCGCGUGCCAGCGCCGGACCCUACCCGCGGGCCGCUCAACAACUUCAUGUCCUUAGUAUGGAGCUUGCUGCGCGAGCCCAUGUUCGAGAGUGUUUUCUUGGGCGUCUUUAAUGAUGUACACGGUCCUGCCCCGCAAAAGCCCAAGGCCGACGAAUCUGUCGGGGAAUUCGUCUCGCGCCGAUUAACGCCAGAAUUGGCCGAUAAUCUGGUCUCGAGUAUAUUCCACGGCAUCUACGCCGGUGACAUUUAUCGACUCAGCGCAGAGACACUGCUGGGUCAGUAUCGUGAAAGAGAAGGUGAAAUCCCUAGUGUAAUACUUCGGUUGAUGAACAACACGCGAACGAAUCAAAAACUAUGGCUCCUCGAUGACCAUCUGGCUAUCGAAACCAUUCUCCAGGAAAAGUCCAUUCGCUAUUUGAACGCUUUGGCGGUCUUAGCCCGCGGGGCCAGUGUUCUCACCCUACGAAACGGCCUCGGCCAGCUCACCGAUGCGUUGUUGGCUGCAUUGGCCAAAUCGAAUAAAGUCGACCUUUUGCCAGGGACAGAGGUCACGGCCAUCAGCCGGAAUGCAAACUCCUCGGAUAUAACAAUCAGUCACGGACAAGACGAGCGCCGCAUGCACAACCGUGUAGUCUCCACGAUCCCGGCUCCUCAUCUCGCAAGGGCACUACGACAAAGCGGUGGAGAGGACAAGAAACUCCCGCACAAUACGAUUCAGGCCCUUGAGGAGCACAACUACGCCGUGACGGUUAUGGUGGUGAACCUUUUCUACGAGAAGGAAGACUUGCUUCCGGUGAAAGGCUUUGGGUACCUGAUCCCACGGUCAAUCCCCUUCGAACAAAACCCAGAGAGGGCAUUGGGGGUGAUCUUCGGAUCCGAGACCAGCGCUGACCAAGAUACGGUGUCUGGAACCAAACUGACGGUGAUGCUGGGCGGUCACUUGUGGGACGGCUGGGCGGAAUCCGACUACCCGGACCAUGAUACCGCCGUCAAAAUGGCCCGCACCUUGCUGGAAAGACAUCUGGGUAUCACCGACGCCCCGGCCAUAAGCCGUAGCCGCCUGCACCGGGAUGCUAUUCCUCAGUACACCGUCGGUCAUCCGGCCCGCAUGGACAGGAUUUCCGAGUCAGCUCGCGCAGAUUUCAGCAACCGGUUGAGCCUUGCCGGAAGCUGGUACGGGGGUGUCGGGGUAGUCGACUGUAUCCGACACGCAUAUUUGACGGCGGCAUAUGGGGUUAGCGCGAACAAGCUCCCGUCUGACGAGAGAAAUAGACCCUGGAAGCUCUUCAACUACACGCAGUGGGAGCUGGAGGGGGGUAUCGUCAAGUCGCCGGUCCGAAUGGUCUGGAGCGAGCCCGAACAAAAAGGUUCAAAAAUAAGCAUUUAA